AAAGCCUCAUGGCAGGAGUGGGAGCCAGCAACUGCCCAGGGAAAAGCCAAACAUGCUCUUGCCAUGUCCAUCUCCACUUCCUCGCUAGUGAAUAUUAAAGCAAGUCCGUCUCUGAGGAGGACAUCAUGUUGGGGAGGUAGAAUAUAAGCAGUGAGCAGCCCACAUCCUUGUCCCUGAGGCUGCGGGGCUAGGAGGCAGGUCCCUGGGCAGAGCUGCAGCGUCAGGUGCCAUCUGCAGAGGCACCCCUGGAGCUAGUGGAAGGCCCCCACGAGGCCUGGCCUGCCCUUGGCUGCCUCUUGGCCCAUGUGCCACAUCCUGGGCAUUCCUCAUGUCAGCACUUGUCUCAGAUCAAGCCUGGCAGUCCUCUCAUUGGCCUCCUGAAGCCAGGAUGACAGGAGGGGGAUUGGGGUGGGGUUCAAAGUAUGACAGCAAUGGAGUGGCAUUUGGAAUAACCAAAUGUCAGUGCCUGGUUGGGUUCCAUCUGCCUGGAGACUUCAAGGAUAAAAAUAAUCUCCAUCAUAAACGGAAAAGGACUUAGAUAUGUGUGUUACUGGGAGGGCUCCGACCUCCUACGCACACCUAUUCCCCACACCCACCCCAGGCUUAGGGUCCUGGCCUGUGCCCUGGGGGGUCUUCCCCUUGCAAGGAGAGGCGUGUCAGGAGCUUCUAGCAAAGGAGAGCUAAGUGACCUUCCGGGGAGCCCUUGGGCCUGUUCUUGUCUCUGCAGCUCGGUACCUGGAGUGGGCUUCACUCUCCCCCACCCUCUUUGAGCAACUGAAACUGUCCUGCAGGCCAGCCCCCCUGCGGUGGCCUCACCUACUCGGAGGCCUGAGCCUGAGCCUGUUUCCCACCUCUGUCUCAUCAGUGCUGUCACCAUCGAGCAUGGUUUCCUCCCUGGUCCUUUCCAGACCCCUUACUCCCCCCUCGCUGAACUUGCAGUUGGAAUAGGACAGAGGACAAGGACAUCAGCAAAAACAUGAGCAACUCCCCAGGCUCCCUUUACCUCACUUUCUCCACCUGUGAACGUGUGGUAGCCCCUCUCCCUGAGUUUGCUGUGAGGGCCAAGUGAGCUUGCCGUGAGCGCCCAGUGAGCUUGCCGUGAGCAGAUGCAGCAGACAUGGGAAGCUCGUGCUCUGCCACCAUGCAGAGAUGGAAAAUCUCUCCACUGGAAUCCAGGGCAAGGGAUGGAAGAAGAAGAAAAACAAGCUUGGAGCAGUCCAACCCGGCUAGGGCCCUCCAUUCCCUCAGGGACACCCCACACCCACCCCAUACACUGGGAUGAACCCUUGCAGAGGAACAAUUCAGAUGGUCACGUUCCAGGACCCAAAUCCAUAAACACAAAGCAUGUCCGCCAGUGCCAGCACCUCCCCCUCCGGCGAAUCAAGCAGCUGUCCCAGAGGGCGCAGGGUCUCUGCAGCCAUCUGCUUUCAUCAGGGCUGCAGCCCCCAGGCAGCAGUACUCGGAGCCCCUCUCAUCUCCGAGAAUAAACUCUGAAGCCAGCGACCCUGCGGACCUGAAUCAUCAGGGAGCCUGUCAGAGGAGGGGCAGUGACUCUCCGGGACAAGCAAGCAGGCUAUAUAAGUUUCAGAAGGCUGGGCUCCACUCAGAUCUUUUCCAGCAGCUGCUGCCUGCCAGAGAGGCGCCUUCAGAGACCCAGCGCUUACACAAUACCCACCAUGUCCCAGGCUGGUGCCCAGGAAGCCCCUAUCAAGAAGAAGCGCCCCCCUGUGAAGGAGGAGGACCUGAAGGGGGCCCGAGGAAACCUGACCAAGAACCAGGAAAUCAAGUCCAAGACCUACCAGGUCAUGCGAGAGUGUGAGCAAGCUGGCUCGGCCGCCCCGUCGGUGUUCAGCCGCACCCGCACAGGCACCGAGACUGUCUUUGAGAAGCCCAAAGCCGGACCCGCCAAGAGUGUCUUCGGCUGAGAAGUGCGUGCCACUCCCCUUGCUGCCCGAAUGCUCAGAAACAGGAGCCUUUCCCAGGAACUCUUUUUUAUGCUCUUCCUCUCCCCUGCUGACUCUGGGGCUGCCACCCUCCCCCACAGUCCCGGCCCUUCAGCCAAGGGCUCUGCACCAGCACCUUGGAAGCACCAAUAAAGAGGAUGCCCGCGUGGCCCCGGCA